AUGACUAACAAGGUGACUAGAAAUGUCACUAACAAGGUGACUAACAAUGUCACUAACAAGGUGACUAACGAAGUGACUAACAAGAUAACUAACAAGGUGACUAACAAGAUGACUAACAAAGUGACUAACAAGGUGACUAACAAGGUGACUUACAAGAUGACUAAGAAGGUGACUUGCAAUGUAGCCAACAAGGUGACUAACAAGGUGACUUACAAGGUGACUAACAAGGUGACUAACAAGGUGACUUACAAGGUAGCUAACAAGGUGACUAACAAGGUGACUAACAAGGUGACUAACAAGGUAGCUAACAAGCUGACUAACAAUGUCACUAACAAGAAGACUAACAAGAUGACUAACAAGGUGACUAACAAGGCGACUUACAAGGUGACUAACAAGGUGACUUACAAGGUAGCCAACAAGGUGACUAAAAAGGUGACUAACAAGGUGACUUACAAUGUCACUAACAAGGUGACUAACGAAGUCACUAACAAGAUGACUAACAAGGUGACUAACAAGAUGACUAACAAGGUGACUAACAAGGUCACUAACAAGGUCACUAAAAUGGUGACUUACAAGGUAGCUAACAAGGUGACUAACAAGGUAGCUAACAAGGUGACUAACAAAGUGACUAACAAGGUCACUAAAAUGGUGACUUACAAGGUAGCUAACAAGGUGACUAACAAGGUAGCUAACAAGGUGACUAACAAGGUGACUGACUAA